GAUCUAGAUUUUUAUAUGACUUUUAUGCAUGGUUACCCAACAUUUUUAUGUAUUAUUUUGCUGACAAUAUUGCAUGAAAAUAUUGUCCCUGUUCUCACAUUAAUUUAAUGUCGAAGGAAUGUUGAGCCGGCUUUUUUUGUUAGUUUUUCUAUAUUUUACAUGCAUUUUCUAAGCACCUGCCAAAAAUCAACGAAAAAUAAUUGGUAGCAGAUAGUAAACUAGGUGUUAGACUUUUGGUACAUAAUUUUGGUUUUUCUGUUGUUUUUUUUUCGUUAAGCUUGUUCCGGGUGUGGAUAGGGGGGCCGACUAUACAAAAACAUAACAAAUCCCAUUAUCGUAUUAUUUUGAAUUUUAUUUUUAGAUUAAAAUAAAUAAUGAAUACAAACAGAGAUAUUGUUAGAUCUAUAACAGAUAACCCUGCUGCACAUUAUGAAGCUUUUUUGAGAUAUCUUCAAUCUACCCAGCCUACCACAGCAACAUCUUCAUCUGCAAUUAGUGCUCUAGUUCCAUCCUCAAUUGCAUUGAGAAUUCCAUCUACAUCUGGAAUAAUUGUUACAUCUUCAGCUGCUACAAGUGUCCCACAACCUCCACAACAAACAACACAACCUUCUGCUGAGCUUACCUAUGGUGCCUAUAGAAGAUAUAGGGACCAGCACCCUGGACCGAUGAGCAAUCGAUCAUUUUUGCGGUGGGUCCGGUUAGGAGGGAAUGAUGGUGAGUCAUUCAGCUGGGCCUAUCAUCCUCCUAACAGGGGUGCUGGAAGCUCCAGCAGAAGAGGAAAUCGUGGAGGAGGUCGUGGGCGAAGACGGAAUGGUGGCGGCCUUGUUGUGAAUGGUGGCAUCCACUAUUACUAGGCGCCACCACUCCUUUACUUUUUUUUUAAAUAAAUAUAUAACAUUAUCAAGUUUGUUUUCCAUUUUGUCCGAAAUUUUGCAAUUAUUAACAUUUGAUUUAUUUAUUUUAAAUCUUUCACAAAAUGGUUUAAAAGCAAAGCAUUGACAGAUGUAGUAGUUUGCAAGGGACCUGUUUUGUAUGUUUUCAAUGUAAUUAAAAGUUUUAGGAUUUUUUGAGGUUUUGAAAUUUUGAGGUUUUCUCAUAGCCUAUAUUAAAUGCAGUUUCAAAUUUAUAUGUAAUGUUUUAUUGAGUUGAUAAAUGUUAAAUAUCUUUUCCAUACCUAAUUACUGUUCUUUAUUUUGUUUGGUUUAUAUACUUUUUUUUUGAGUUAAGAAUAUUAAUUGGUUUUAAACCAGUUUAAUUGUUUGAUUUUAAACCAGGUUAACUUAUGUUUACAGUUCCUAAAUAUUAUAAUUACGUAACCAUUACUUGUUUGCAGAAGGUUCAAAAAAAAGUGGAGUUAUGUUUGCGGAUACAGUAAAAAAAGAUUGAUCUUACAUAUAGUGCAGAAGGGGAUAUCACCACGGAGGAGGGCGUAGGCGAAGAAAGAAUGGUAGCAGUUGAAGAAGAAGUUUUUUGUAUUAAAAAUAUAUAUUUAACAUUA